UGUCUUGUGUGUCUUACGUGAUGUCUUGUCAACCUUGUAGUAGUACUAUUUUGUAAAUCUUGUGUUACUGUAAUUUUAAAGAGUCUGUAAGCAAUGGGUAAGGUAAUUUCGACGCUGGAGAGAAAGGCCCGGCACUUCAACGUAGAAAAUCGUGCGAUGAAAGUAAUUUCGAAGGAAAAGCGACCCACCGCUAAACGGCCCGGAUCGGUAGACCUCGAUAGUGCAGCAGCAGAGCAUAAGGCACAGGUGGCAGCAGCGGUGAAGGAGAAAGACGCACGAUUGGAAGGAAUGUUAAAGGGCGUCUACUUGACCUCUACCGACGCCGUGCCCGAUGCGAAACCCGCCGAGGACGCCGCUCGCGACGUGCGACGCCCCCUGCCGACGGACCGGUCGCCCGUCGAACAGCCAGAGUGGGGCUACGCUGAACCCAAGACCGUUCCCCCGGGCCGGCUCACGCUCCGCCAAGCCGUCGCCUUCCUCACCGCCCACCAGGCGGAUCCGCGUCCCACGACGCUCGCCCGCCUCGCCGCCGACCGCAACCUCGGCAUCGACGCGGCGCGCCACCUGGUGGCGCACUUCCGCAUCUUCGAGGUGUACGUCCCCGAUGCGGCGGCGGCCGGAGGAGGGCGCCACCUGCGCGUGCAGGACCCGCUGACGGCGAUGAAGAGUCUCGGACCGGCGGCGAUGGCGGAGGAAGGAGCGAAGCAGGCGGGGAAGAUGAGGGAACAGUGGGAGGAGGCGGAGAGGAUACUCAAUCCGAAGCGGAAAAAGAAGGAGAAGGAGAAGGCAGAGAAGGUACUCGAUCCGACGCCGGAGGAGGGGAAGUGACGGAGAAGUGGGGGGGAGGUGGAGUUCGCCAGGUGGCGCUGGCGCGUCGAGCGUGUGCGUAGUUCUUGGUUUGAUCACCAGGUGGCGUGGCGGUUGGACACGUAGUUCGUGGCUUGCUCACCAGGUGGUGCGAUAAUCAUGCGUGUAGUUUCGUUGUGCGAUCACCAGUGGGUGCGACAGUCAUGUGGGUGAUUCAUGAUUUGCUCGCCAGGUGGUGUGACAGUCAUGUGAGUAGUUCACCACGUGUGUGAAAACAGUAAUUUUGCAUCUGUAGCUUGUUCAUAAAAUUUAGAACGGAGCUACGGUAGCGUCACCUAGUGCUAGAAUGACGGUCGUUGUUUUAAUAUCGAAGGAUUCGUGCGGUCACUCUGCACCAUGUUGCUAGCUGUUCCGGAACACAUUCGCACGUACGUUCACACACACACGAGGGUGUUCGAUCGUGGGCAAAGCUUCCAUUUUGAGCCACAAGAUGUCUCUGCUACACUACAAGCGAGAUGACUCGGAUUGCGCGUCGCCGUGGGGCCGCAUGACAGGUGGCUCCCUCUGCUCUUCACGUGAAUCGUCUUGCCUCGCUUCGAUCGGUCGACCGGUCGACCGGUCGCCGCGUCGUCGUUGUUGUUGUUGUUUUACUGAUUAAAACCUGUUUAUUUAUGAAUCGA